AUGACAGCAAGAUCCCACACUCCCUCACCACACCCCACACCCGGAUCUCGCACCCCACACCACACAACCCACAUCCGACUCCCACACCCCCACCCUAUAACCCCACUCCACACCCACAUACGCACCGCACAUGCCACACCCCACAUCCCACACCCCACACCCUACACCUCACACAUAUCCUACACCCCACACCCAGACUUCACACCCCCACCUCACAUUCCACACCUCACACCUACACAUCACAUCCCAUACCUCACACCCACACCCCACAUCUCACACCCACACCCCACACUCACACGUCACACCCCACCCACACCUCACACCCCAUACCCAACACCCCACCCCACACCUCACACCCACACCUCACAUCCCACACCUCACACCCGACGCACCACACACUACACACCACACCUCACACCUCACACUUUAUACACCACGCACACCUGA